AUGGUGUAUGCGAUGCCAGCAAGUGCAGCAGCAGCAGUGCAACAACAGCAACAACACGCGCGCACAAUGGACACUUUAUCACCUGUGAGUGCUUUUUUCGCCGAGAGAGCAUUUCACAACAAUGCAACCGCCACAACCUACCGCAGCGGCUACAGCAGUAAUGACAACAGCGACGAUUUCGACGGUGGUAGUGGUGCCGGUGGCAGCCACAUUGUUAGUGACAAAGUGCUUGUAAAUGAUAAUUUCUCUUUAAAUAGUAAUUUAAAUACAAAUCGAAAUAGUAGCCAUAGUAGUAACUACAGUGAAAGUGAGCAACAGCAGCAAGAAGAAGCACCCCCUUCAACAGAGGAUCUGCCAAAAAGCAGUCGAGCGCAAAGUGCCUCCGCUUUAGGUGCUAAUGCGAGCAGCAAACGCUCAAGUGCCAGCGUUGGGAGUGAUCGCAGUGCGAGCGCAAGUCAUGAGCCUGCGCCACACGCACCACUAACUUCACGCGGCGAUCUAUUGCACAGUGCGCAACGCAUCAAAAUGCUGAAUUUGAUAUCGAAUAAGCGCAAGCGUAAAAAAUUCAGCGAUGAGAGCAGCGGCAAUGAAGCUACUGCGUCUGCUGUUGAUGCCGCUGUGGUAGCAAGCGGCAGCAACACCGUCAUAACACAUCACAGCGCAACCACCGAUCGUCAGGCUCGAUCAAGUGAUGCGGCCGACGAUAUCACCAGAACCACCACCGCCAACACACCACUCAGUUUUAGUGAAAAUAGUAUUAGCAAUAAAUAUUUAAUUAAAAAUAAUAAUUUAAAUAAUCAAAAUCAACAAAUAGCCGUGGCGCCAAAACGAACGUUAAAUAAACUCGAAACUACUACAACCGCAACAGCAACAACUAGCAGUAAUAAACUUAAAGCUAAUAUAAAAAAUGAUAACUAUAUUAACUACAUUGAAGAGGAGGCAGUGGAGGAGGGGGAGGAUGUGCACUCUACCGUUAGUAAUGAUUAUCAGGAUGAGAGCAGCAGCUCUACAAGCCUUCCCUACUCCUUCACAGCGGCGCCGCUCUCUGCCGAUGAAGCAGUGCUGGACUCCUCUUACAUCGCUGCUGCAGCAGCACCUCCGUCACCCGCCUUCACAUUUGCUUCUGCGCAUCACACAGCCAUUCUGCUGUCGCGCACCGAACGCAGCGUACGCCAACCAGCGUCCCCAUCAUCAUCCCAGGCGGAUGCGGUGGAGCAAGCGGCACCAGCUGCGGGCUCAACGUCAGCGGCUUUGGACGGUCGGCGCGCUGGUGGUCAAGUGGCUGUGCGUCAUCAUGGCGGUGCCAAUGGUGGUGGCAUAGUGCGACGUUCCUCUGACGGUAGUCCGAAAACGAGAAGACUGAACAAUUUUAGAAACUCAAAUGGCAGUAGGCAUUUGCCCAGCAAUUUGGAUCGCAACGAGCGCUCGACCAUUUCACAUUUGUCGGGUUUGGCGCGCAAAAUUCAAAUCUACAUUAAGAAUCGCUUCAUACAACUGCUGCCCGAUGGUACGGUGAAUGGAACGCAGGACGAACAAAGUGAUUACACGAGAAGCGAGAAGCGCAAAGCAACCACUGACCAUGCGCUGGAUGAGAUACGAGUGCAGUUGCCGGCAGCGAAUUGCCAGCCUACAACCGCCACGAGACCUAACAGUUUUAGCCAAGCACCUCCACCAGCAGCCAAGUCAAGUCAAGUGAAGUGA